UGAGUUGACUGCAGCAUGCUGUGAUGCCACUUCCCGGAUGAACAGUUGUUUCACGUCAAAACAAUCCGGAAGACGGUAAAGCAUGACGGAACUGCUGCUCAGCGGAGGCGAGGUCAAGGCAACGGUGAUCCCAGAUGUUCAUAGAAAUAUAAUCUGCUGAACCUGUGGGUUAUCAUGUACAAUAGGUGUCGGCAAUUCUCUGCUUUAUGAGCCAGGACUAACACACUCCAGUGUUACGGUUUGCACUGCAGGUCCAUGCUGACAUAGCGCAGCUUUUCCAGGUUUCCGAACUGGUGUAGCUCACCGUAAACAGGUCCAGCGACAUCAUGGGGAAUGGAAUGAAUAAGGUUGUUGAUGGACUGUACCUGGGCAACAUAAGAGAUUCGGAAAACAGAGAAGGUCUGUCCAAAAACGGAAUCACCCACAUCCUUUCAGUAUACAACAACGCUAAGCCAGUGUAUGAGGACAUCACGUACCUUUGUAUUCAUGCGGCUGAUGCUUCCAGUCAGAACCUACUGCAGCAUUUCAAAGAGUGUAUCGGCUUCAUCCACCAGUGUCGCCUCAACGGUGGAGCCUGUUUGGUUCACUGUCUUGCAGGUGUGUCGCGCAGCACCACCAUGGUGGUGGCCUACCUGAUGACCGUCACCCACUACAGCUGGGAGGAAUGUCUGACUGCAGUGAAGGCUGUUCGCUCGUUUGUCGGCCCAAACUACGGCUUCCAGGAGCAGCUGCAGGAGUACCAGAACACACGCGUCUCAGAGUACCGAGCUUGGCUCCAGUCCAGUUUCCGUCCCAGUCCGUUCAAUGACCAGCAGGAGGUGGAGGCUCUGUUAAACCAGUAUGCUGAGCAGCAGGAGAGCCAGGGCAGAGCGGUGGACCACAGCUGGACGAACCGGGGAGUAGACGCUGGUGACGCUGGAGGCGACGGCUAAAGCUACAGCGCCGUACCCAAGUCAGCCCCCAUACCGAAUGCAACUUUAGAGUGUGGAUUAAAGAAAUAUGUUUUUUUUUCUUGUCACAACUUUUUUUCAGCUCUGGAUAUUUAUUUAGAAAUGUGCUACAAACUUUAAUUUCUUAUAUCACUGAGCACUGCCAUUACUAUGGUUUUGGUGACGCCUUACAAUAAACGGCCCAGCACUUUAGCCAUAAUGAGUAACUUCCAUGUUGCUUGUUGUUUUUUUGUUUUUUUAUUUGUUUUUAAAUUUAUUUUUUUUUACCAUUGACUCAGCAGCCUUAAAUCUGACUGAUUAAUGCUGUUUCGAUUAAAAACUGUUUGCCUUUUUGAAAAAUGAAAUGCUCCAGUUCAGCCAUAAUGUCUUAUUUUUACGUUACAUCCCUUCAGUUUCUCCAAAAUAAACUAUUUAACACUGCAGCUUGUAAAAUCAUCAUGCGCAUUGGACUGGUGCAUUUUUCAAGUGCAUCUGAUUAAUAGAUAACGAGAAAGAUUUUUUAUUUAUUUAUUUUUUUUAUCACAGUACACAGACCAAAA